GCGGCCGAAGAAGGCCAGUUCCUAAAAGUCGGCGAUUAACGGCUUUGCCUUCGCAUCUCCGGGCGUCAACAGGCGCUAUAAUGUAGCUGUCAGGCGGCGCGGCAGGAGCUCCCGAUCGGCCGUGGCUGGCAGCUGUCAGUGCGCUCAUGCGGUGUAUCGGGGCGGGUGUCGCGGCCGCUGUUUUCUAGCCUCUUUGCACGGCAGGAGGGAUUAGUACAAGAGCUGCGGUUUUAAAAUCCCCUUUAUUUUAAUUAUUUUUAUUGGUCUGUAGCGCCUGUUUUCCCGAUGGGAAUGAAUAAAACGCACAUCAGCGUAGCGUACGCCUCUAUAGGGGUCGUGAUCGGCGUGUCGGCUUUCCUGGUGUGGAACAUCGCGUAUAAACAGCCAUGGACAGCUGCGAUGGGGGGCUUGUCAGGUGUGUUAGCAUUUUGGGCUCUGAUCACCCACAUCAUGUACCUGCAAGACUACUGGCGCACAUGGCUGAAGGGGCUGAAGUUCUUCAUCUUCAUCAGCAUCCUCUUCUCCGUUCUCGCUGUUGUGGCAUUGGUCGCGUUCCUGUCCCUCGCUAUUACCCAGAGGCAGUCUCUGGGGGACCCCAGCAGCUUCUACCUGUCUGCGGUGUGGAGCUUCAUGAGCCUGAAGUGGUCCUUCCUGUUGGGUCUCUGCUCACACCGGUACCGCAAAGAGUUCGCCGACAUCAGCAUCCUCAGCGACUUCUGAGGACCAGGACAGAGGGAGGCUUGGCAGCGGGCAGGGAGCCACAGAGCAACUGAUGCAUGAGAAGUCACAUGACUGUCCCCCACUCUCCCCCACCCUCAUUUCUCAUGGUUUCUGGAGUCUGUUGAUCAUCCUGUUCAUCCGACCUAAAAGAUACAGUCUACUUCAAGUUUGCUCUUAUGAGUUACGCAUUUAUGAUAUAUGCUGGUAUAUGAUAUAUGCCAGUACUGGUAUAUGCUUUAUUUUUAACUUGCUUUCCCAGCACUUCAUGUUAAUCCGGCCUGCAGGGGGUGCCGUAAAGUUGCGGAAGGUUAUGGCGAUUCCAAGGGCCCCUGAGUGAGUGCGGGCCAAAUAAAUUUGGAACAUAAUCCAAUUGAUCUUGGUUGGGGGUCCAAUAUGCUUUCAUGGGGCCCAAAAUCUUUAGUGACAUCCCUGCCAGCCUGUCAGAAUUAUGGUAGCUCAAAACUGCCAUUUAAGCUGCCUUGAAUCCUCCACUGCGCAUUCAGUCUUUCUGUGUCUAACAUCUCUGUAGACACAUGGCAGAAGGAAGAAAAUAGCGGCUUGUGUACAUACAUUUCUUACGAAAAGUCUGCUGUAGUCCAUUUAAUUAUGGCCGAGCUUGUUUCAUGCACUGACAUUGUUUUCUUUAACUUUUUGCCUCAAAAGCUUAAAAGUACUUCUGUCAUGCAUAUAACUUAAAACAUUCUGAUUCAACCUUUUCUACUAUUUUAAUUUUUUAAAUGAAGACGUGCUCUUUUUGGCCUGUCAUUUUUAUUCAGAGAUCAGAUAACCUUGUGCAGUGCGGCUGGUGUGCGUUGUCCCCAGUGCAGAUUUACUCCUCACCACUAGGAGGUGUAAUGGGUUACACUUUAAACAUAUCUUCGAUAUAAUAUAUGAAGUCUUCUUUAAUGUUUAUGUGUGUAUGCAGGAAGCGGAAUCGCAUUUUAUCUGGUAACAUAACUAACAUUGAGUGACGUGUCUCUAACCACAUUGUUUCUGAAAAUACAAACACACUUUAUAAACAUUGCAGGCGGACGUAUUAUUUAGUGUCUCAGUCUGCGUGAUUCAUUCAUGUUGACGGUGAAGUCAGUGCGACCUCCCGAAAGAUUUUUUUUUUGGGCCAGUCAAGGAGGAGUGUCUGUCCUCUCCUGACAUCUGGUCUACCUUCUAAGACCAUCUGAUGCGUAGCUGAGUUACCUGUCUGCGUGAAAGGCUUGUCUGUCACACGUGUCCCUUUCCUGGGAUUUUAAAUCGGCGACUGACGGUGCUCGUUUUUCCUUGCUGAUACCUUCAUGACCUAAACCUGGCUAACAGGGAACUUUUGAGACAUGAAAUAAAAUUUGACUCCAACACUUUUAAGCGAUAUAAUCACGGAACCUGCAAACAAGAAUUAUGUUUGUGCUAUUUAUUUUUGAAAGUUUUAACAGGGUUAUUAUUGGGGAGGGGGGUUGAAUUUAAUGUGUGCAAUGAUUUUAAGAUUAUUUGGGGCCGCUACAUUUGUACCGCGCAAUCCUUUUUAGUGACUAUAAAUUUAUUAUAAUAGACUGAGAAACGGGGAUCAUGUUUGUAAUACUUUCCCUGAAAUAUAAGGGUCCGGUUCCUUCGCACUCUAACUGCAUGCUGCCACUACCGAAUAUAUUAUUUUUUGUUUUUGUUUUGUUGUAAUAUUUUCAGAAAUUUUAAAGAAUCUUUCUUCCAUUGGUCACUUACAUUUGAAACGUUAGCCCCAUCUACUGAGUGAAGAUACCCUAAUAUGAUGAUAAAGUCCGUGCUCUCUGUAUUUGUGUGGCAUUUGUGAAUAUGGUUGUGUGAAUGGGAUGUCAAUAAAAUAUUCUUUUACGAU